GCGGAAACUCCGAGCUUAACAAGACAGACAGACAGACCUCUUGAUUCGGUUGGUUUCAUCUUGCUUCUUUGGGUGCUUUUCACACAAUUUCAUUUUGCACCUCUUCGAUUGCGAUACAAAGGGCUCCUCGACGCCGAGUUCGAAUGACCGGGUAUAUUGGUUCCCCCCACCGAAGGGUUCAGUUCCCGUCAGUGAAACAACAACUCGGUUGUUUGGCUUCCAAGUCAGAGCCCCUCGAGCCGUUGAACAGGAACCUUCUUUGAGAUUUGCGAUAAAGGCACAACUUUCCGAAACAAGCAGGCAGGCUGAACGGGUAAAGCUUUUUUGCCAAUCUCGGUGGCGAUAUACGGGAUGAUGGAGCCGUUACUGAAGGAGGCGAGCAUUAUCCGUUCGGUCAGGAGAGGGACAGCAGAAGUCGAUCUCUUGCAAGAGUCAAGCUCCAAUGACGGGAAUGCGAAGUCCAAACCGCUACAUCACAAAGCUCCCACGACGCCAAAAGAGGCACUCGACGUACUUAGACAAGAACCUGACUACGACUCGCUAAUUUCAGUUCUAAACUUUCUUUCCCGCCACGAAACGGAUGGUUCCCCCUUCAUCAAGUUGCCGGGGCCCUUGAGUGCCCAGCUGGUCCAGGUCUUGGUCGCCGAGAUCGUGCCCAACUACUGGGCGCUGCUCGUUGAGGAUGCUCACCAAAGCAAAGCUUCCGGCUUGAGAUUGCUCUUGUACUGCCUCUCGAGCAGCACAGGGAUGAACGCCAUUACCGUCAAGCUCAGGUCCCUGAUGCAGGAUGCCAAGUCCGAGGCAGCUGCUGGAACCAAGCGGCCCGAUCUAUCUCUCAACCUCGGUAUUAUGCUAGACCUGCUGUGCCGUGUUCUUCGGGGCGACGGCUGGCUUUUGGAAGCAUACCGACUGGCCACCGCGGGACAGGAGCCUCCUGCAAAAGUGAAACCGAAAGUCCAGGCAAUCGUUGGCCAGUUCGGCGGUGGCCGUAUCGUCUCCAUGGCAGCCGAGGCCGAGGACAUACUGAGCAAGAACCCAUCUAGCAAAAGCGUAGACAAUAUCUGGCCUGCCAGCUCGUUAGAGUAUUCGCAAUGGCUGGGCCGCAACAUUGUGAAGGUGGUAGUGUCAGACCAGACCCCCGACGCAGUCAAGUUUGCCUCGGAUCUCCUCGCCAAAGCUCUUCAUCUCGGCCACUUCGAGAUGCUCGUAAGACAGAUAGUCUCCGAGAUGGUCCUCAAACCAGCGGCAGAGCCCAGGAAAUUCGGCCUUCUGAUGUCGAACUUGCCUCAAUCAGAGCAACGGAAAGUCCUCUACUCUAUCCUAAAACUGCUAUCUUCCGACUAUCUGGACCGCCUCGGGCGAUGCGAGUCCGCAGAAAGUGGGCCACGGAUCGCCGCCGUGGCUGGUGUCCUUCAUGAGAUCCUUCAAUCCGACCAGAACGGGAGGAGAGACUUGGUGGAUUGGCUGGCUGCCUUUUCCGGGGCUGGCCUUGGCGAAGGCGUCGGUAUCCGGCGGGCAGUGGUAGCGGUCGUCUCCCAAAAUCGGGAUGACCUGGUGACCGUGCUUGAAAGGAGCCUCGGCCAGUUUGGCGACCAACUCUACAUCAAACACUCGCCGACGUUGCAGCAAGAAGCCCACGCCCAGGUCCUACUCUUGGUUGCAGGAUAUGUCCAUAGGAAAACGCCCAUCAAGUUGGCGAUGCUUUUGCGGUCGAGUACCUGGCUCAAUGCCAUAUCCAACCGUUUAGCGGCGCCUCACCAGAGGGCCCGUUUCCUCGGAAUGGUGGUCGGUGAAGCGCUCUCCGGCCUCGCCGACAAGGGAGAGAAGCGGCUUAACUUCAAGAUGGAGGAAACGGACGAAGAAGAAGGCAGGUGGUACAAGGGACUCACCAACGUCUCUGACGACAUCGGCCCCUUCGCGGCCUUACUCAGCCCCAGCACAGAUAUCCCACGAGCUAGCCGAGAAGCCCCUCGGAAGCCUGCGACGAGGCGGCCCGCGCCUCAGCCACCAGAGAAGGGGUUCAUCAUUGAGGAGCUCAGCGAUGAAGAGGGCCCGGAAGAAGACGACCUCGUGCCUUACGCAAAACCGGACUCGGAUCCAGAAGACUCGGAAGAUGAUGCCACCCUGGUGAGGCGCGAUAAGCCGAAGGCCCCGGUGUACAUCAGGGACUUGAUCAAGUACUUUCGGGACGUGGACAACUAUGACCGCCAGAAGCUCGCUUUGACGACAGCGCCAACCCUCAUCCGACGGAAAGCGGACUACGGGACGGAGGUGGCGGAACACGCCGAGGAGCUUGCCACGAUACUCGUGGGCCUCAGUGACAAGUUCGAAAUGGAAAACUUUGACGAGUUAAGAGCACAAGGCAUGAUCGCUCUUAUCGUCGCCCAGCCGGAAAAGAUGGGCAAAUGGUUUGCCAAAACUUUCUUUGACGGCGAUUACUCGAUCUCGCAACGGGCCUCGAUCCUCGUCGUCCUCGGCUUGAGCGCUCGUGAGUUAGCUGGCUACGAGACAUCCGAGUACGCCGCAGCAGCAGCCUUCCCCUCCAAGACUCUGCCCGAGCGAGUCGAACAGCUGUAUCUCGGCAGCAGCAACAGUCAUUCGCAGAAGCAGUCAUCGUCCCUAAAACCGCUUCCGCCAAACGCACUAGACAGCAUCGCCACGUCGCUUACAUCCGACUUUCUCGCACCAAUGGCGGCCUCUGCCGCCGACGCAGUAACUGGGCCGGAUGUCCUCAAGCUCUCCACCUUCACCUCCCGCCUCAACAACGACGGCCGAGACGAGACCUCCGCGGCCGCCAACCCAAAGAUCAAAUAUAAAUCCCAGCCCGCGAAAGCAAAACCCCGCGUCCGCGCCAUUCCGAACACAACAGCGCAGCUCCUCGCCACCUCCUUCUUCACCCCGCUGACGGCCCGCUUCCAGGCCGCAUUGCACGCCUCGUCCUCCUCCUCCCGCGGCAGCAAGACGAUCCUCUUCCACCCGUACCUGCUCGCGCUCUACCUCAAGACCCUGGCAGUCGUCAUCCACGCCGCAGGGCCCGGCACGCUCUCCCUCCCGCAGACGACAGCCGAGCUGUGGCGGCUGCUGCUGAGCACCAGCGUGCGGGCGGCGGCGGUGGGCGACCUGGCCGUCACGCAGGCGGUGCUGUUCGCGUACGUGGCGCUGCUGGACGUCAACGAGGACCGGAUGCGGGACGUGUGCGCGGAGCUGGGGCGGGAGGUCGUCGAGGCGCAGGAGUGGGUCGCCGGCGUGUUUGGCGGCCUGAGGGGCGGCGACGAGAGCGGCGAGGAGGAGAAGGUUAAAGUCCUCGCUGCCGGCGUGCUGGUCAGGUUGAGGGAAGGGGUGGAGAAGUACCGGUUGAUGUUGGUAGGGGAUCUGAUUGGGUUUGGCUAAGGGGACCGUCGUUGGCGCUUUGAUUCCUCUUUCGCUGUUGUGAAUCCGCCUGAGAAGGGAAUAGGUAUUCCGUAUAUGUAAUCAUAUCAUUGUCAUCUACACUACAUAAGCACUUCUAGUAUACAAUAAGUGUCUUAUUCGGUGUGUG